AUGUCUUCCAGCAAACUUUUUGAACCAAUCACUGUUGGACGGCUUUCUUUAUCUCGCCGAGUCGUCCUGGCCCCUUUGUCGCGGCUUCGCUCAGACCUGACCACUGCUGCUCCCUUACUCCCUUCAGUACAAGAAUACUACGUCCAACGCGCUAAGACUCCCGGAACACUUCUCAUCAGCGAGGGCACAGUCAUAGCACCCAAAGCUUCUGGGUACCCUGGAGCACCAGAGAUCUGGAGUGAUGAGCAGAUCGCUUCCUGGAAAGAGGUCGUCGACGGCGUACACGCUCAGGGAAGCUAUAUAUACAUGCAAAUUGCUGCUAUAGGGCGUCAGGCUUCUCCAGGUGCCCUCAUAUCUCGUGAUCCCGCGAUCCCUCAUGUUGGAGCAUCAGCUCUACCCCCUACGCCUGACGCGCCCGUUCCUCGAGCGAUGACAAAAGAGGAGAUCAAGGAACAUAUAGACUUCUUUGGCAUUGCCGCGGCGAAUGCGGUGCACAAGGCUGGGUUUGACGGUGUCGAGAUUCAUGGGGCAAAUGGGGUCCUUGUUGACGAGUUUCUACAAAGCGUGAGUAAUGUCCGGGAUGACGAGUAUGGCGGAAGUAUGGAGAACCGAGUGAGGUUUCCAUUAGAGGUGUUGGGGUGCAUCGUCAAGGAAGUGGGGGCGGACAGGGUAGGAAUCAGGCUGAGCCCGCGGAGUCGUAAUGGAGGAAUGGGAAUGGAGGAUCCCGUACCGACAUUUUCAUAUCUGGUAACAAGGGUGAAGGAAUUAUAUCCUGAUCUCGCAUACGUUCAUGUUAUCGAGGCUCGUGUCGAUGGUAUCACUGACCGGACCAAGGAAGAGAUCAAGGAGGUGGAGAAUAAUGUUUUCAUUCGGAAAAUAUGGUCUCCUAGACCUCUCAUUUCUGCUGGUGGAUAUACGAGAGAGACAGGAAUGCAAAUUGCUGAUGAGAAGGGUGACCUUAUUGCUUAUGGCAGGUGGUUUAUAUCGAACCCUGACCUUCCUACGAGGUUGGAAAGGAAUAUUCCCCUCACAAAGUAUGACCACUCGACGUUUUAUAUGCCUGGAGAUGCGAGCGGUGUAGGCUAUACUGAUUACCCGUUCCGCUCAGUGAAUUAG